AUGCCGCAUCCUCAGCCCACCGGCGUCAUCUUCAUUCCCCGGGACCGCGAGGUGCCUCUCACCCAACUCGUCGCCGGGUUCGAGGGGAUCUACAACGCUCUCUGCGAUCGCGCCGCGCACUUUGCCGACCGUCGUGAUGGCGAGAGUGCUGCACGGAUCGGCCGACUGCUGUUUCGCCUUCAGGCCUGGAUCGGGUCAUGGUGGAAUGACCACCUCUUCCGCGUCGAGUUGCGCAUCAAGAGGGAUGAACCACCCUUUGCCGACAACCCCGCUCGCCUCAACAAUUUUGCGACCUGGUGGCUGUUCACGAGCCCGCAGCAGCGCGAAGUAGUCAACUACCUCACGAGGUUGGGGCAGAAGAUCCGUGAGGGUCGCUUUGAUAACAAGGCACAACUCCCUUCUUUCGACGACAUCGCCGUCAAGUUGGAGCUCUACACUCCGAAGGAACGUCCCGCAAGUAAUUCCUACGGCCUCUCGCCGCGUCUGUCUCGCGCAUCCGUCCAGAAGGCGGAGAGUUGUACGUUCGCUAGGUUGAACGCUCUCGAGCGAGGCUCCUACCAAACUACUCCCAGUCACAACAAAUCUUUCGUUGCGCCCCAACUAGUUCCGAUCCUGACUCAAUUCUCGGUGCAGACUGUUGAUCACGCACUGCUGAGUGUGCACAACGGCGUCAAGCGCGAAGGUAUCAAUCUCGAGGCGUUCGAGACGUGGGGCCGGACUUGGUGGAUGAGGCUGUUUGCGGCGCAUGCAGACAAGGCCUACCUCGCGCUCUGGUACUGCCUGACGGAGGCUCAGCGCGGCGAGGCCAUCGACUUCUUCGUCCACUGCGGCCUCCGGCUGUCGAGUGAACGUGAGCAAGCGCUCUUACCAUUCGAGAACUCGCCGCUUGCGCAAGAGCUACGGGACCCGCAGGCUGCCCGCGCGCUCGCCGGGAGGCGCACUCUUCGCCGUUCCCACAUCCUUGCGGCCUUCGAGCAGGGCGCCGUCAUCAAGACAGGGAACGAAGGCUACGACCGCUGGCCUGACAUGCCCGCGUUCCUUCAGUCGAGCGCGAACUCGCUCGGCACUUCCCUCCUCCACAACUACUCGCACCGCCAGCGCGCCAUCUACCCCAUCUAG